UAACCUGAAAGCUCCCCAGAGGCAGGACUGCUUGCCUUCUCCCUUUAAUCCUUGCCUCCCCCGGCCCAGGACGUACGCGUUCGGAGCUUCAGCGGUUUUUUAAUUGGGAGAAUGUGAGUUGUGCUGAGUGGGGGGUUUUAACCAGGCUGGUUUGGCAAGGUGGGCCCACAGGGUUGGAAAGUUAAAUGAAGCUACCUCCCCCUUUCUGUUUUACUUUGUUUUGUUUGGAAUAAACAUUUACGGAACACCUAAAAGGUGUUAGCUUAUCCGCUCAAGGGAAGAAUUAGGAACAAGUCCUGAUUUUGAUAGAAAAGUAAAUGUACUUAACAUUAUUGGUGCCUCGAGUUGGUAUGCCCAGAUUUAGAAAAGGAAAAGUAACAGCUGCUUCCUUACAUGUGCGUAGCAGUCAACCCCUGAGUCCCUUUCCUCACCUGUACAGUGGAGUUGGCUGUUGGCACUGAGUUUGAAUAGGCCAUCCUAUCACCAGUAGUUGACAACUUUGGCUACAUAUUGAAAUCACCUGGGUCCCACCCCAGACUUUCUGAUGUAAUUAUAGGUAAGGCCUGGGCAUUGGAAGUUUCAGAAUUUCCCCAGGUGAUUCUAAGGGCAUCCAAGCCUUGAGAGCCACUGUUAUAUAUGACCCCAGUUUAAUUUUCUUAAUCUUUUCUUUUAAACUUUUUUUUUUUUCCCCUCUGCCCUGCCGAGUGGCUUGUGGGAUCAUAGUUCCCCAACCAGGGUUGAACCCGGCCCCUCAGCAGUGAACGCAUGGAGUCCUAACCACAGGACUGCCAGGGAAUUCCCUCUUAAUCUUUUCAGUUGUCAUUCCCGGCUUGAGAAGCUGCACAGGCAUCAAGCCUUCACAUCCCAAACCCCCUGACCAAUGGCCCAGUCCUUCCUAUACAUCUGUGUGUGCUUCAGACAGGGGUCCUCUUUGAAGCCAGUCUUCCCACCGUGCCCUGUCUCCCUGCCUUACUGGCCUCUCAUCUUCCCAGCUGUGGCGCUGUGGCCAAGUGACCUGCCCUCUCUAAGCCUCCAUUUACUCCUCUGUGAAAUGCGGGUACUGGUACCCACGUGUGUAGCGUUGGCACAGUCGGUGCGUGGCACGUUGUACCUCCAAGUGAUGGUGAGCUGUUGUAAUUGUACUCACAUCCCACAUCUCCCGUCAUGCUGGUCUCCUAUCUCGGCACUGAAGAAACAUUUCUGAAAUGCCUGUUGCAGACACGGAGACUAACAAACUCAAUCCUUCCUCCCCUGCUUUGCCUUCCCAGUUCCGCACAAGGCAACUCUUCUACGAAACUAUGGCACGAGAGAUCUUCUGUCUUUAAAGAACAGUUACCUUGGAAAAUGGCAGAGGCAGUUUUCCGUCCCCCAAAGAGGAAAAGAAGAGUGUAUGAGAGCUAUGAGUCUCCACUGCCGAUCCCUUUCGGUCAGGACUGUGGUCCUAAGAAGGACUUUAGAAUAUUCCGGGCCGAGAUGAUAAACAACAACGUGAUUGUGAGGAACGCAGAAGAUAUGGAACAGCUGUAUAGGAAGGGUUAUUUUGGAAAAGGUAUCCUGUCCAGAAGCCGUCCAAACUUCACGAUUUCAGAUCCUAAGCUGGUUGCUAAAUGGAAAGAUGUGAAGACAGACAUGCCUGUAAUCACGUCAAAAAAGUAUCAGCGUAGCGUGGAAUGGGCCACAAACCUCAUGCGAAGACAAGGCCAGGAUGAGAGCACAGUGCGUAGACUCCUUGAGGAUUACACAAAGCCCCUUCAGCAUCUUUGUCUGCAGAGGAAUGAAGAGGUCCAGUUGUGUAAUGAGCUGGACUGUGAAAUGGUUUCCAAAACGGAAGGCACAGCAGAUAGAGAGAAACUUUCUGCCAUGAAUGGGGUUGCAGGAAAGUCACACGAUCUGGAGGAUCCCAGCAAGCGAUCAGACUGCCUGCAUGACUCCAGGCCUGACCCGAUACCUACCCACGGCUCGGGUGAACAUGUGGCGGAGGUCACCGCUCCUCUGCCCCAUGUGCACUGGGGCAAACAGGAUGUUCUCCUCCCGCCCUCUGGUGCUCAGCCUGGGGACAGCAGCCAACGAGCGGGUCUGGUCCUGGCCAGAGAGAGAGGGCCUGAGCAUCACUGCGUGCUGGUGGAGGAAGUCGUGUGUGACGUGAGUGAGAGGGAAGACGCCUCAGGUGGGAACAUGUCGCCAAAAAAGAGACUGAUAUGCAGAAGAAAUCCAUUUAGGAUCUUUGAGUACUUGCAGCUCAGCCUGGAAGAGGCCUUCUUCCUGGUCUAUGCUCUGGGAUGUCUAAGUAUCUACUAUGAGAAGGAGCCUUUAACGAUUGUGAAGCUCUGGAACGCCUUCCGCGUAGUUCAGCCUACGUUCAGGACUACGUACAUGGCGUACCAUCACUUCCGAAGCAAGGGCUGGGUGCCCAAACCGGGCCUGAAGUACGGAACAGAUUUGCUGUUGUAUCGCAAAGGCCCUCCAUUUUACCACGCAAGUUACUCUGUCAUCAUCGAGCUGGUGGAUGACCGUUUUGAGGGCUCUCCUCGCAGACCUCUCAGCUGGCGGUCCCUGGCUGCCUUGAGCAGAGUUUCAGUCAGUGUCUCCAAGGAAUUUAUGCUGUGCUAUUUGAUUAAACCCUCCACCGUGACUGACAAAGAAAUGGAGUCACCAGAAUGCAUGAAACAAAUCAAAGUUCAGGAGGUGAUUCUAAGCCGUUGGGUUUCUUCACGGGAGAGGAGCGAUCAAGACGAACUUUAACAACUCAGCCUCAGGUUUCUGAUUUCACCAGCAAAUAUUACUGAGUCUCCUGUAUAAGCCAAGUUCAGGGCGAGGUAAAGAGUCCUUUUAUUGUAAUUGCCCAUUAAUGUAAAAAUUUUAAAGAGCGUGGCACUCCCAGCACCGGAAAGUGUUAGUGUGUUAGAAGUUGAAAUUACACAGGGAAGAAGAGCCCUGUGCGGGGACUACAGGUUCUGUCCUUGGAUCGGUCACUCACUGACCCCGGGCCUCUCGCCUCAGGGCCUCGUCCUUUCUGCGUGGGGGCUGGACUAGGCCAGUCCCAAGAGGACCCUCCCAGCAACAGGCAACUUCUGUUACUCUCUGAUUUUACCUGAAAUGGUAGUUUCUCUCCAGGCGGCUCUGCAGUUUUCAGGGCACCACUGUGCACCUGCCUCUCUCAUUACCCACGUCCAAUCUGUCCUGGAAGAGGGGCUUCUGUCCACACGUCUCCAGCUCUCCAGGAACUUCAGCCAAUUUCGCAAACAUGGGAAAUUCCAUUUACUGUCUACCAAGGAUUUCUGUAUCAUAGGAAGCAUUUUAAAACACAUUACCUCAUUAUUUAUCUCAGUGAACCUAUUGGUGGGCACGUUGUGUAGAGUACACAACAGUAUUGUGCAGGAUUAGAUAAGAAUUGUAUCUUGCUUCGCUGAACUCGUUAUAAAAUAAAAAUAUGUGGUGAAAAAAUGAA